GGUCAAAGUUCAUGUUCAUAUCGCGAUAUCGGGUUGCACAGUGUCACAAUUAUCAGUGAAGUUUUACUUGCUCUGAGUGACGGUGAUUAUAUGUAGGUUCUUCUUGGCAUAGAGGUUUCCAUGACAAAAAAAAAAUGGCGGAUAUUACACAAAACAACGAUGAAAGUGAUCAGACGCCGAUAAGUUGUCAACAGGAAUCAAAUUGUUUGUUUCACUUCAGCUGCAGAAAGCCAAAAACAGAACAAGCAGACGACACCAAGAUCUUUUCGGAUGCCUGUCUUAUAAUAAUCUUUGGUUGGUUUGGCGCCAAAAGUAGCUCUGUUGAAAAAUAUCGAAAUUUAUAUCAUGAACGUGGGAUUGAUGUUUUAUUUAUAGAAGGGAAAUUGCCACAGUUUGUUUGGCCACCGAAUUCUGUUGUAUUAGCGAAAGAGAUAAAUGAAUAUUUGGAAACGAAAUGUUCGAGGUAUAAAUAUUAUAUUGUACACGCGUUUUCUAUCGGUGCUUACAAUUUCACCAAUUGUUUACAGUUAGCGUCCCGGUAUCCGGGGCAGUAUGAUAAUAUAACGAUAAAAACUAUUGGUAUAAUUUACGACAGUCUGACGAUAGGUUCUGUAAAACAAAUGGUGAAUGGAAUGACAACAGGAUCUUCCAGUAACAAACUAAAACAAAUCAUUUUUAGACAUUUAUUGAACACGUUUUUAUUUGUAACCAAGAAAUGCAUAAUGGAUCGACAUGAAAAAUCAGUAGAAUUCUUUAAAGAGUCGCCUCUACAUGUUCCUACCUUAUUCUUCGCCUGUUUGAAUGAUCCAAUGAGUGACCCGGAUGCACUGAAUGCCAUGUUGACAUCCUGGCAGAAAAUGACGUUUGACGUAACUUCUAAAAUCUGGAGUAAAUCAGCCCAUGCGUCACAUUUAAGUCAUCACCAUAAAGAAUAUGUGAAGAAAUUAGACGAUUUUCUGGAUUUUGUUGGAAUAUAUGCCGAGAAAAAACAAAAGAAUGUCAACAUUUUAAAAUCUAAACUAUAAGUAAAAUAUCUGAUAUCUAUCUACCUCGUAAUUUCUACUUCUGUGAUAUAUCAGGGAUUAGUUUUUGUAUUUUUAAAAUAUUAUUUGAAUUUGAUGAGAGAAUAAUAAUGAAAAAAUAAAAUAUACCACAAU